AUGGGCUUUAUGAUCAGAUGGAUUCUUAUUGGUUGUAUGGACCUCGGGACGAGUUCAGCUCAAGCCCAAGGUCAAGCUCGAGUCGUCGCCUCCGCUCCCGACCGCCCUCCGCCGCAGAAACUCGAUCGCCACCUCCGUCGUCGUGGUCCCCGCCGAGCUCUCCUUCCCCACCGUGACCAAGCCCCCGGCCCACGCCCUCAGCUUCCCCAACGGCGCCGCCGCCGCCCCCCUCCUCCGCUCGACCUCUCGGGCCACGCGUUCGCCCCCUACACCUCCCUCAAGGACCUCCUCCCCGCCGCCUCCCCCUCCGCCAGCUCGCCGACCGCCGCCGCCAGCUCGUCCAACGAGAUAUCGAUCCGCAACCGCCUGGUGAACAGGGCCGCGUGGGCCUACCUCCGGCCGAUGUCCGCCUCCCCCGGAUCCCACGGCCCCGACCUCCUCCGCCGCCUCUGGCUCCGCCUCUCCGCUUGCCUCGGGUUCAUCCGCCGGGCCUUCGGCCGGAUCGUCCGCUUCUUCUCGCCGGUCCGCUCCGGGAGAUAGCCACGGCCUCCGUGACGUCAAAAGUGUGCCUUUUUAUAUGCUGACGUCACCUACAUCGUUCCCCGACCAAUACGGGUACGUAUGAAUAUUUUUGCGUGUCUUAUUCUUAUCCUUAUCCAAAAGUAAAUGUUGUCCUCGAGUCGUUUUCGCUCUU